CUCUGUCUUCAUUCUGCCAGAAUUACUCAGAAAUAUUAAAGAUAGACAACACAUGACAUGAAUCUUUGUUAAAAAUUGUGUCACUGGUUAUAGGGAUGGGAAAACAAGUCUGGACAUGAUACUUAAAUCAACUCAAAAUAUAUUUAUUGCUGAACAUGUUCAAAUUCUUAUAAAGAUUUUUUACAAGUUUGCAACAGUAAUUUUCGCACAGAUAUGAAGGUCUUGUUCUUAUUGCUUUUAUUUUCAGUGCUCUGGGUCAUAAAAGUGACUUGACUCAAGCUCGCUAUCCAGCAAAAUGUCAUGUCGACGCUCGCGUAUCAUUAUCAAGCCAAAUAUCCGGCCUUCAGUUGCAAGGUCAGGUCCUGCUGCAGCAAAAGCAAAACCGGCAGCUGCAUCCUCAGCAGGAGCACCCACAUCAGCAACAGCAGCAAAUUCUGGUGGCAGUGAGUCAGGUCAUGUCAAAGCGACGACUACUCCGGCAGCUGAUAAGGAUACUGAUGAGACAGCUAAUACAGUUGUGUCUGGCUCAGAGGCUGUUACGGUUGAAGUAAAAGCAGUGCCAACCUCUAAAAAUGAUGUGGGAUCAAUUCCAGACACAAGUGCUGAGAAAGAUGGGAUGGGGAAUCACGGAGAGAGUAUUGUGAGUGACAGUGGUGUUGGAUCUUCUCUGUCGCAGAGUGAGCAGACAGAAGAAUCGUCUCUUGGUGUUGAGCCUCGUGGCGGUUUUGCCGUGUCUGAGAGCGGAGAUGGUGUCAGCGACGUUGGUCCCAGUCUGCAGCUGUCAGAGAAGCCCCUGGAAGAGCCUGGUAGAGAAGACAUUGGGGCCCAGCCUGCACAAACAGCCGGGCUGUCGACUCCAGUAGCUGAGCUGCCGUCUGUGUCAUCACCUGUCACCCCUCAGGACGCACCUUUUGUGCCUCCGCUCAUGACAUCUUCACUGUCGAAAGAUGGCAAGGUGGUCGUCUCAGUGGAGGGGGAUAUGAGUGUGGCUAUGGAGGAGGAAGUGGCCCCAUCAGAGGCUGACACUUCCUGUAUGUCUGAGGCUGUGUCUCUGGAGCCCACAGAGGAGCGAAGAGGGGAAUUAGAGGAGGAUGUUGAAGUGAAAAAGCCAAGAAGGAGGAGGAUGAGGAAGCCAUGCACUGAGUUACUACAGAGUCGAGAAAAAUCCCCAGACAGGCAGAAAAUGAAAAUGAGUGACCUUCUGUCCUGGAACCCCCAGCAGAAUUUCUUCCCGAAAAAGAAAAAGAAGCCUUCCGUGAAAAACGAAACCUCUUCAACAGCCGCACAUGUAACUAUUUCCGUAGACGAUGAUGCUGAGUCGUCCAAUCAAAGUGCUUCGUUACCAGCUCCUCAAGUAAUGAUUGGACCAGAUGGAAAUAUUAUUCUGAAUACUGAAAGUCUUCUGAUCCACACUGAGAAAGUCGAGACUGGCAGCCCAAAGGAAGUAAUUGAGGAAGACGAUGAUGACCGUUACCUCAAUACCAACUCAUAUAGAACAACGAAAAACGCAAAGCUAUGGACCGAAAAGGAAACAGAGAAGUUCUUCCUUGGACUUAGUAUGUGUGGUACAGACUUUUCUCUGCUUACCCGACUCAUGCCUCACCGGUCACGAAGGGACUUAAAAAAUAAAUUUCGUCGAGAGGAAAGAAGAAACAGGCCUCUGAUUGACAGCGCUUUAGCGAACCGCCAGAAGUAUGAUCCAGCUCCUUUUGAAAGACUUCUAGAAACAGUCAAUUCGAAAGUAAAGCAAGAGGCAAAGAAAGCUGUGAAGAAAGAGAAGGAGCCCAGGAAGGCCCAGAAGAGAAAGAAGCCAAAGAGUAAGUCCCUCUUUUGUCAUUUGCCGGUUGACUCAUUUGUUAACUUUAAAAAAAGAUAGCUUGUUGUGUAAGGAGGAUAUUUAAAAAAUAGCAAGCGAGCUUUGCUGAUGUAGAUUGUUGAUGUCACUCAUUAU